AAAAAAGUGCUGAUUCAUCAUCUCAGCUUCUGUCUGCAGCGGAAGACGUCAGCAGCCCGUCCGCGCCCUGACUCCGGUUCGGGUCCCACAGCACCGAGCCCUGACCCCGCUGGCUGAACCGUCUCGGCAUUGGCUCCUUUCUACACGGCGGAUUAUGUAAAUGCCCUGGCUGCACGUCGGAGGAAGAGGGAGGACCCGGGGAAGGGCCAGCGGAAUGCUACGUGUCUCGAAAGUCCCUUUAAAAAUCUCAAAUCGCCUCGUUCUGCCUGCAAAAAACUUUCCGGUGCCAACAACUUCCAGGGAGAGCGCACAGGCCUGCCCGUGAGAAGUGCUCCGAGCCCGGUGUUCCGCAGUCAGACGGCGGCGUUAACCCCCAGCAACAUGUCGGGAGUGAAAAAGCUUCGUACGGAUCUCAACCGGGCGACCAAUGUGGUUUACCAGGCCCACCAUGUUAGCAGGAGCAAGAGGGGGCAGGUAGUGGGGACCCGGGGGGGCUUCAGAGGCUGCACCAUCUGGCUCACUGGUUUGUCUGGUGCUGGAAAGACUACAAUCAGUUUUGCUCUGGAGGAGUACCUGGUAUCCCACGCCAUCCCUUGCUACUCUCUGGACGGAGACAACAUCCGUCACGGUUUGAACAAGAAUCUAGGCUUUUCCUCUGAAGACCGCGAGGAGAACAUUCGGCGCGUUGCUGAGGUGGCCAAACUGUUUGCCGAUGCCGGCCUGGUGUGCAUCACCAGCUUCAUCUCGCCUUUUACACAGGAUCGUAACGAGGCGAGGAAGAUCCAUCAGAGUGCGGCGCUGCCUUUUUUUGAAGUGUUUGUUCAUGCUCCUCUUGAAGUGUGCGAGAGCAGGGACGUUAAAGGGCUUUACAAGAAGGCCCGCGCUGGAGAGAUUAAAGGAUUCACCGGGAUCGACUCAAAUUAUGAACGUCCUGAGGCGCCGGAGCUCGUCCUGAAGACUGGAGAGCUCUCCGUGAACGAAUGUCUCCAGCAAAUAUUGGAGCUGCUUAGGGAGCAGAGCAUUGUUCCAGGGGAGAUCAUGGAGGAGGUGAACGAGCUCUUUGUUCCCGAGAACAAGUUGAAUCUGGCCAUCGCCGAUGCAAACAGUCUGCCCACCAUCAGCAUCACCAAGCUGGAUCUACAGUGGGUUCAGGUUCUAGCUGAAGGCUGGGCCAGUCCGUUAAAAGGCUUCAUGAGGGAACGAGAAUUCCUCCAGGUUAUGCACUUUGGCAACUUAUUGGACGGCGGAGCCAUAAACAUGUCUAUUCCCAUCGUGUUGCCCGUGAGCGCGGAGACCAAGCAGGAGCUGGACGGCCAUGCGGCCGUAGCUCUGGAGUACCAGGGCUCCCGAGUGGCUAUCCUCCGAAACCCAGAGUUUUACGAACAUCGUAAGGAGGAGCGCUGCGCCAGGCAGUGGGGCACCGCCUGUCCACAGCACCCCUACAUAAAGAUGGUAAUGGAGGGAGGCGACUGGCUGGUCGGCGGUGACUUGGAGGUCCUGGAGAGAAUCAAGUGGAACGAUGGACUCGACCAGUACCGCCUCACUCCUAAAGAGCUCAAGCAAAAGUUCAAGGAGAUGGGAUCAGAUGCCGUAUUUGCUUUCCAACUGCGUAAUCCGGUCCACAACGGUCACGCCUUGCUCAUGCAAGACACCAAGCGCCGCCUGCUGGAGCGAGGCUACAAAAAUCCAGUCCUGCUCCUUCACCCUCUCGGAGGUUGGACCAAAGAUGAUGACGUGCCUCUGGAGUGGAGGAUGAAGCAGCACGCCGCCGUCCUGGAGGAGGGGGUUCUUGACCCCGCCAACACCAUCGUCGCCAUUUUCCCUUCCCCUAUGAUGUACGCCGGACCGACGGAGGUUCAGUGGCACUGCAGAGCCAGGAUGAUCGCCGGGGCCAACUUCUACAUCGUAGGCCGGGACCCCGCAGGCAUGCCUCACCCAGAAACAAAGAAGGACUUGUACGAGCCCACCCAUGGAGGGAAAGUUCUCACCAUGGCUCCCGGCCUCACCUCGGUGGAGAUCAUCCCCUUCAGAGUCGCUGCAUACAACAAAACCAAGAAAGCCAUGGACUUUUACUCUCCGGAGCGUCAAGCAGAGUUUGAGUUCAUCUCUGGAACCAAGAUGAGGAACCUGGCUCGCAGUGGGGAGAACCCUCCUGACGGCUUCAUGGCUCCCAAAGCGUGGAAGGUGUUGGUGGAGUACUACACGUCUCUACAGAAGAACAUAUAACUGAUGUUCAGCUCUCUCAAGACAACCAGCAUAAUAUGAAAACAUACAUUGAGCUCUUAAGGGGUGGGAUUUUUGACUUUUUUUUCUUUUAAGCUCUUUAAAUAGAAUACUUUCCAUAAAAUAUUAAAGUUCUGUCAGGAGUGAAUCUCUUAAAAGUUGUGAAAAUCUUAAAAACUAAAAGCAUUUAACAUUCCAAUAAAAUGAUGCAGUUUCUAAACCCAUCAGUAGUUUUUUAUACAUAAUAAUUUAAUAUUUAAUAAGUUAAACCUGAGAUUAUUUUUUAUUCGCUAUUAUAUAUAUUUAGAAGUGCAUUCCAAGAAUGAAAAAACAUAAAGUUUUUCAUGUUUUGAAGGAUCUGAGACAAAAACUAUGUACAUGUCACUUUUUAUAUAGUAUUUUAACAGAACUGUUUUUGUAUUGAACCUGAAAGAAAAUAACUUAGUUUUAUCACUGCAUACAACAGCUACCUUUUUUAGGUGUCUUGUUUUUAUAAUGUGAAAGUGCCUUUUCUUUUUCUUCUCUUGUCUUUAUAAAACAAAAUUUUAUACUGUCUGUCUAAAAUCUCUAUGGCAUUAUGAAGUGGGCGUGUACAUUAUUUUAAUGGAAACUUGCUGCUUUACACAUAACCUGGAAACAUUAAUAAAAUGAAGUUAUUUCUUGUUAUUAA